AUGGAUCCGGUAACUGGACUGCCGAGAUCGCGUCGUUCAACUGCUUCAGGUGACGAGGCGCCUCGUGAAGGUCUCACCACCGAGACCCACGAUUGGACUUUGAUAAAAGCUAUUGAACUUGUAGCUAACCAAAAAGUUAUUAUAAUUGACGGUGAAGCUACCAUAGAAGAUGCCUGUGAUAUUCUUAUUAAAAAUAAUAUAUCUUCUGCUCCAGUUUAUGACAAUAAAAGCAAAACUUAUGUUGGAAUGUUUGAUUGGGCAGAUGUCAUGACCUAUCUUUUAAUUGUUUUGAAAAAGAAGGAUAUUUUAGAACAGCAACAAAAGUCUGAUGAAGAAUUGACAUCCGAAUUCAAUGAUUUAUUGAAAUUGGCAAUACAAUGUCAACCGGUUCCUGUUAAAUUGGCUUCAGAUCUAUCCAACAAAAAUCCUUUUUAUUCGGUAUUUCCCGAAACUUCAUUGCUACAAGUUGUUGAAUUAUUUGGAAGUGGAACUCAUAGAGUUGUCGUUGUCGAUGCGGAUGGCAACAUGAAGGGCAUAUUAUCUCAAUCAAGAGUUGUUAAUUACCUAUAUCAGAAUGUGAUGAAAUUUCCUAAAAUCGAACAACUAUUUCCCAAAACUAUUAAAGAUCUUGAUAUUGGCAGAAGCACUGUGAUAUCUGCCCAAGCCGAUUCUUUCGUACUUGACGCAUUAACAAUGAUGAAUAAAAAUUCAUUAAGUUCGAUUGCAAUUGUUAACGAUGAUGGAGUUCUAAUGGGAAAUAUUAGUAUGACAGAUGUCAAAUACAUUCUUAGGAGCUAUAGUCAUUCUCUGAUGUGGAGAACAUGUAAACAAUUUGUUAAUCAUGUGAGAAUCAAACAAGGAUUAGAAGAUGGACAAGACAGAUAUCCAGUCUUUGAUGUCCGGCUAACAUCCACAUUGGGAUACACGAUUGCUAAACUUGUAGCUACUAAAGCUCAUAGAGUUUGGGUUGUAGACGAUAGAAUGCAAGCUAUAGGACUUGUAAGCUUGACAGAUGUUUUAGGUAUAUUUGCACGUUCUGCUGGGGCAAAUCCAAGGCCAAAAAGGCCUGGCAGUGUUUCAUCAAGUUCAACCAAGUCGACAUCGUAA